UUUCCACAACGAUUAACACCAUAUUGUGAAUACACAAAAAAGAUGUUCCACAAACCGGUAAAAUCGUUGCACAAGUCCAUGCGAGACCGGUCCGUGAGUCCGAGCAUCAGUCUUCCGAGCUUGAAACCAGUAUCCAAGAAAAAAAUUGUGUUAGUGUAGGUGUCUUGAGGUGACAGCAUGACAAAUCUGUUCUGCAUGUUAGACAAAGCCUGUCGUGGGCAGCUAAUAAGUGAAAACACAAACGAAAUAAGACUUCAUGGUUGGAUAACACGACAAGUGCAACAGUGUUGCACACUUUGCAUGACAGACUUACACUUACACAGUUUUUUUCUUGCAUAACCAGACGAAAUGGAACAUUCUUUCGAAAAAGACGAAGAAGAUAAAAAUUCCUCCAACGAGGAUUCCGAGACCCACGAAGAUGAGAAGGAAGUACAGGAACAAGUCGAGGUCGCAGUUUGCAAUGCUGAGCAGAGACGAGGACCUGGACCACCACCUGCUGGCACGACCAAUACAGCGGCCCCAGGUGGUUGUGGACGAAUUUCUGUUGAUUCAGAACUAGCAGGAGAAGCUCCACCUCAAGGUGUUUCAAUUUCAUCAUCUGCAGGGGAAGAAGAAUCUCCAGCGUCGCCCGCUUGUUCAAGAAGCACAAUGUUAAAGACUUCUACAUCUUCCUCGUCGCGCGUCGUUACGGGGUGUUUGGAUCCACGACCAGAGGAAUUGGAAGUUGUAGAUGUUGCGGCUACUAGUGCAAAAACUUCACCUUCCUUAACCUUCGAACAGCUGCAACAGAAGCUCCUCAGCGUGAAUAAGGAGAUCCAGGCACUGCAGAAAGAGGAGCAGCUGGUUCUUCACGGAGGCGCGUCUUCAACAUCAUGUUCAUCGGUAAGGAAGAAAGAUACUGUCACUGCAGGAGCCCCCUCGAGGAAUAUCAAUAAAUCGUCGACAUCAAGGCUUUCCAGUUCUUCGUCACGCGGAACAAAGUCUUUACAGGAGUUGGAGAAGCAGAAGGAAGAGAUUUUAAAGCGGUACAAGGAACGGUACCGGAUAGUUGUGCACGGUCCGCCCAGUUUAUGAGAGUGCACAACUCUCCCUCCCCCUCAUUUGUGUUGCAUGAAUAGCAACGCAAGCGCUGGCAAAGAUGCAUUUUUUGCAUGACAAAUUCCUAGGGGAUUGCAGUGCUGUUUUGGAUUCCGGAAUCUGUCAUGCAAACAGUGCCAACAGGCAAAUGGUGGAUUUGGAAUUUUGCAUGACAAAUGAGGGUUCUGACCCUAGAUCUCCUGCGGCCGUAGCUGCUUGCGGCGACGGUGCAAAGGUUUUCGAUGUGGUGCAGUCGGGUAUGCAUGACAAAUGAGGGGGAGGGGGACGAGUUGUGCACUUUCAUACAGUUCCGUCUCCUCAUCAGCGGUGGACGAAGUUUGUUUUGAACAGCAGGCAGCUGUCAUGUUAGAAACUGGCAAGACAAACACAAAUGCAAAUCAAACCCAGGACAAGGUGGCACAACAGCAGCUUUUCGACUUGGUGAGUGGCACCGCAACGACAACCGCCGCUGACGCGCUCUCUACUUCGGCAGCCUCGUCCAGCAACUCAUCUGCGGAGAACAAUGGUAGCGCAUCAAGUGGUCGUCGUGCCACGAUAUCUUCCGGCACUUCUAGCAGUAAUUCGUGUGCGUACAGUACUAACGUGGACAUGGACCACGACCACUCAGCAGCUGCAGCAGCACCGCGUAGCGCUGCGCGCAAGAACCUGGAGCACGAUGUUAUCUCUUCCCCCAACCGCGUCCCGUCUUUCGGCACGAUUAUUGUUCCUCCUGAAGGGAUGACGACCGGGAAUCAAGAUCAUGAAACGAAGACUCCUGUAGUUCUUGACACCAGCGGAGGACCAAGUUCAUCAACUCCAAACAAGAAUUUGAAAAAGCCAUCGGCGUUUGUCGAUGCUGGUCGAGUGAAUAGCUUCGUUCAUCAGCACCUCCCCACGUUUCAAUUCUACCCCCCGGGUGCGGGUAGUGCUGGUUCGUCGAACAAGAACAGCGAAACAGAUAAUAUCCGGAGGAGGACCACUUCAGGGGCAAGCGAAGUAGUAGAGCCAGGAUCUUCACAAGCAGUUUUCACGCAAGCACAGCCUCGUCCAGGUGCUGGUGUUGUUAAUAGAGCAGUAGGAGGGGGCGUUGGCGUUCUUUCCUUGCCUUUUCACGAGGACGAACUUUCGUCCUCUUCCUCUGCGACAACUGCGGAGGUGAUUUUGAAUCCAGAGGUGGACGACUUCGAGGGUGUAGAGGGUCUUGACGGAGCUGCAUCUUCAAACGGGAUGAAAAUAGGGGCCACGACGAGUAAGAUUCUGAACCAGGCCGCUCCAGCCCCUGUCCAGAUUGCGAAGAUCAACAACCAACUUGUGAUGCGUGGCGGUGAAAGUCAUAGUCAAAGUCCGGUGAAGCUCAACCACGGAGGUAGACUUGCAUCCACCAGCUCGUCGAAAGAACGUAGUGGCAGCGCUCGGAGUUGUACCAGUUCUAACUCUUCCAGGAGAAGAGAUCCGCACGCCUUGCACACGACGCCCAACACGCUGACCCGCACUACGGGGAAGAAGCAAUUGCUGCUGAGGAAACAGCUGGAAGUUUGGAAACGGGAGCAGCAAGAACAGGUGGGGAAUCAUGGAGCCACUGUCUUUGUUCAGGACGAUGAAAUGAAUAAGGGGCUAGUCGGAGGCCAACAACAUUUCCCACCGCUUCCUACUUUCGACGCCCUCUCCGCUUCCACGCCACAGACCACGCCCCGACGCGCUUCUUCCACGAACACGACGACGGCGGCUGCUACCAGGAAAGUUUCGCAGCAAGAAUCCGUGUGCAAAAUGCUCGCCACCGCGGUGCACAUCCCGCAAACGAAAUCCUCUUUGUUGCGAAAGUACCAAACAAACGCCGAGGAGGCGAAUGGGACACGGGUGAAACAAGACUCGUCAAAGGCGCAAUGGACACCGCGGGCGUCGUCGAGCAGGGGUGGGGGUACAAUUGGCAGUAGUGGAGGUGCAGGUUCUACUUCCGUUUCUGCGACGAAGAUAAAAAGCAGUAGAGCCGUUGUGCUAACCCCUCCGCCGAAUAAUCCGGAAAAGGCGACAAGCACGAGUUCUUCUGCCUUUGGAAAUAUUUUUCAAGCAGCAGAGACGGGCUCCUCACGUUUCAAAUUUGACCUCGACAUUUUCAACAUGUGCGAUGGACAGAACAAUCCUGGUUUCAACAUCGGGUCAUCUGCAGCCAAGAACAUUAAGAAUGCGAGUUCUUCAAAAAUUUUGAGUACAACUACCCGAGGAGCAAGAGCACCAGAAGUUGUAGACGCACUAGACGAAAACCUCCACGAGGACCAGCCCAAGACCGGUAUUCUUCAAACAACAAACGAAAACUUUGGCGGCGGCCGCGUUCCUGCGCAGGUAGUGAAGGAGAGGAACGACGAAAAAACUUUCGAAUUAAUCGGGCAGCGCAAGCUGUCUCCCUUGCCGCCGACGUUUGGGGUGCCGAAUUGUAGAAGUUUCUCAUCUACUACAAGAACUCCAUCUCGUGGUGCGAAGUCGCCAAGGAACGCGCUGGCGGAACACGAUCAAUCGCGAACGGACGUUGCUCAGAAAAUGAAUACGCAGACGGGCGGUGGGUCUAGCUUUACGGGAGCUGCUGGUGCAGCAGCAGCAGAUUUUGUGCUCGAUUCGACCCAGAGCCGGGUUUUUUUGAGUAAAAGCGUCAAACUGUCCGCAAAAUCCGGGAUUUCCGACCGAACGCCACCGCCGGAUAAUGAUCUACUUCAUACUGAUGAAAAGAAAACGGCUCUAGUUUCAAGGAAGAACGACACGAAUCAAUUUCGGUUGCCCUUUCCACUUUCAUCUCUGUCGCCAGGACAAGGACAACAUGUUGAUGCGCGCACCAAUUGGAACAGAACAAGUCGCACAACUACUACUAGACGGGGAAUCAGCCCAGGGAACACUUCUUCUACCCAGCUGCAAGGAGGCCUCGAAUUUGGAAGAAACGGUGAAAUAAACUCUAAUAGCGCCGUAACAUCACCCAGCCGCCGGCGAAAAACUUGUUCUCCAGAGUUGUUGAUAAGAAGUAGAUUUGGAGGUAAAAAUGUGAAAAAUACGACUCCCCCGCGAGGUGGUGGACGAGAGCAGUUUCAACAUUCGCUCGCACAUCAACAUCCACCACCACCAGAGCCGAAUUACCAGUACCUCUCCGAGCUUUCCGACUCCCGCAAUCAGCAUUUCCAGAAGAAAUUCAUCCUGGACUUGCAAGAUCAGAUGCGGGAACUGAUCCACCAACGGAAAAAGGCGAUACUAUCACAGGAAAAAAGGGUUGCAGUUACACAUUUGCUAUGGAAUUUCAGCAUGAUAAAUUCGCUCGACAUGGCAAAGAAAACUUGUAAUGCGCAGACUAUAAGAGAACGCACGAACCGAGACAGGCAAGCAUUUCCUGCAUGACAGAGGUUGUCUGUCUUGCUUGUCUUCCAUCAGAGUGUGUAAGUAACUGUAGCACUUUUUUCUCACGAUAGAAACGGGAUAGCAAACAGUAUUUGGAAGAGAACAUUGAGAUGAAGAAAAAAUACAAAUUGAUGGAGAAAGACUUGGAAGAGAAAACAACGCUUCUCAACAAGACUGCGGACUGCUUGGAACAGACAAAAAGUGAAUUAGACUACUUGAAGGAGAUCGAGCUGCGGGAAUUGAAUUUGAAAUGCAAGCAGCUCAGCGACCAGAACGACACCGAAGCGAGGGAAUUCACACAGGUGUGUGACUCCAUGAAAAACGAGGUGAAUCAGUUAACUGAAAAGGUGAAAUUCCAUGCGGCAGAGAACGCGAAGUUAGGUUCCGAACGGGAUUUUCUGGCCAAGGAGAAGAAACAGUGGCUGAGGGAGAAGGAAAUUCUGGAGGAAAAACAAAUUCCGGAGCUGCGCAGGAAAUUUGAGGAAGAGCGGGACCUGUUUGUGAAAAAGGCUCUGGAGGAAAAGCAAGACGCGAUUUCUGCGUAUCAGGACCUGGAGCGGAAUUUGGACAGACACGGUCGCAGAGCAAACUCGCUACAACGGGAAAAUUGGGAAUUACAGGAGCAAGUGAAAAAAUUGAAAGCGGAGCACGAGACGGAGCUCAACGCGUUGAUGAGCAUUAUCAAAUGCAAAAAUGUCUGGGUCUGGAAGAGUGUGAACUUGUCAUGCAGGUUUUCCAUGACCCUUGAGGUUGAGGUCUGGCAUGCGGGACCUAGCAUGACAGAGUCUCUGAGGUUUCUUUCAUGCCUAUCCUGCAUGAGAUUCUCCCUCCCAACUUGGUCGAAAGUGGACAGCUUUUGGUACUCAUGCAACACAGAUUUUUGCAUGAGUCGGAUUUAGCAUGACAAGUUGCAAUCUUCCAGACCCAGUCAUUUUUGCAAUCCAUAAGCAUGUUCAAAAAGCGAAUUGCGGAGGAGGACGCGCGAAAUGCGGGAGCUUUCGACGAACAAAUGAAGGAGAAGAUGCGGGAACUGGAGGAGGCGGCGGAGGUACUUUGGAAGUUGCUUGUGAUUUUUUGGGAAAUUUUCAUAUAGUUUCAAACUCUUACAUACCAAGUGAACGGGUGCAGCAUGUCGCGUCUUCAACAGAGGGUGUACACAUAAAUUCAUCUUCAUCCACCGAAAAAUGUGAUUCAAUUAUCUUCUCCACCUGAUCAGGCCCGGCGUCUCGAGUCAGAAACCGUAUGGCAGCAAAAGCUCCAGGAGCAGGAGAAAAUGUGGGAACAGAAAUUUUCACAACUCGCGACGAGAAGUUCUCCCCGCGCCAGUACUUCGACGCGUUUCGUGUCGCCAACUGGGAACAGGAUAGAUGAAAGUAGUGCCAGUUCUCACCUACGAACACGAAGUAGGUCUUCCCCCUCCGGUGCAAGAGCUGUUCUACUUGCAGGAAGUAGAAGAAGUAGAAGCCCCGGCGGUAUUAAAAAUGGUGAUAACAUUUUGGAGUCAACAACAGAAUUCAACAUCAAGCGCGCGAAGAGUCGGAGCCGAAGCCCGAAGGGACCAGCAGUUGUCCCGGGAAGGUUCUUACCGUCCUCUGCCAGGAGCGGGCCCCCGCCGUCCCAAAAAUCUUGCGUGAUAUUUUCUCCGAGCUGUGGAGGUGCUCCUGCUAGUGGACUACUAGAACAAGAGCGGGAAUCUCCGCAAGUGAUUCACCUUCCCCACCAGUUGCACCACAACAAUCAGCCCACAAUCAAUCGUGUGGUGAACGCAACUACGGGAAGUUAUGGUGCUCCUGCCGGUGCAGCAGGAACACUAGCCGGAGAUGUUCAACAAGAUCUCCCGAAACAUCAAGAGCAACAUCAUUAUCCCGUUCUGUAUCGCGGGCCGCCGUCAAAUACAUUUUUGAACCUGAUUGCGGAACACAACGCGGCCAUGCGGGGAAGGGACCGGAGUCCUCGGGAGGUCGUCUUCGAGGGGACAGGGACUCCUGCGCGGAUGAACUCCUUCCUGUUGCAGCCCGGUACUUAGUUUGCACUGCGCGGAGGUGGGAGUAGUGAGGUCGUUUUUUUCGCCGGGACGAGGACUAUCGCCAGCAAGGGUCCGGGCAGUAGAGGUCCACAACGAUCUUGCUCAUGCACCGCAUGAGUUUCACUAUCACUUUGAAUUUGAAUUUUAUUGACAUAUGUACGAUAGUAAUACCUUCCUAUUUAUUUUUGGCAGAUAGAGAAAGCAGUAGCAGAUGGAGAGCCCUGCAGCUGUAGGGAAUCAACCGUUCUUGUUUCGCCGCGUUUGAUGGCUUCUUAUUUUUUUUUUAAUGCUAACAAAAACAAGCGAGGUUCAGGUUCUCCUUCUCGUUCUACAUACUACACAUAGCUUGUUGUGCUUGCGAUCAUUUACAUUUACUGCUUGAUGCCCACAAAUGCGAUAAAUAGUUGUAUACACUGCUUGCCUGUACUAGUUACCCCUUUGAAGGAGCAGGAGGCGAAGCGCCUAAUCCAACAUCUCGUCCGCAUCUUUCGAAUGUUCGUGCACGCACGAGCGUUGUUGCAGCGCUUCUGGCAACUACCUGUUUGCACCGUUGUCAUGGCCCCCCGUGGAGGCAGCUGCACAUGUUGACCCGACACUUUUGCUUUUGAAAAUAUGUAUACUUAGAUGCCAUGAAGUAGAU